UGUAGGCUGGACUUUUGAGGUGGAUCUCAGAUUUCGGGUGUUGCGUGACUAGAGCUUCACAUGCCAUGUACCAGUACAUUACGCGACUAUAGUUUCGCACACCACCUCGAUACAUAUCAUAUCCAUGGUAAUGUCAUACGAUAAAAUCCUUCAUCGUGCCUGGUCCAACGACCAAGCGUCAGCAAAUCCUGAAGGAAGUGUAAAGUGGAGGUCGUCAGGUGCUUGCAUUUCCGUGAUGAGGCGCUCCUUUUCAUGACUGACAAGGUUUAUUCAAGUUGCCAUAAAAUCGUACCAGAGCCCACAGUAUCUCAACAACGAAUUUCCUAUUACACUUCUCCCUAUUGAUCACAGUUGACACACUGUUGUGAGUUUCCAUCAUCAGUCAACCCACGGGUUCACAGCUGAUAUUGAGGCUAUAGCUACAAUGCACGGACAUCGAAGAAGACCACUACUUGGUGCUGCACUUGUCGUUGGCGCCUCAAGAUCGGCGGCCAGAAAUGAGGUCGAGAAGCAAGCAGCACGUGAGGCAGAAGCCAGACUGGCUGCGGACACGAGACGACGCGAAGAAGAAGAGCGAGCCAUGCGUACGCAACGAGCAAUCGACGAAUCUAUCGCUAGACAGUACGCUGCUGUAGGCAAGCAGCCUGAGCCGCCAAUCUACUACCCCGGCGUUCAGGGUGCUUCCUUGGCCAACAUGAAGGACGUCCGCUAUUGCCGACAAUGCAAUAGCUUGUGCAAGCUUCAAGACAAGUUUUGUAGCGCUUGUGGGUGCAUACAAGCCACGCCAGGUGCCGAUCAGCGGAUCAUGCAAUGAGCGGUUGUAUGCUAAAGGCAAGUUUCGACAGGAAAUGGAUGAGCGGCGGAGACAGCCAGAGCUUGUUCUAGCAAAUGGGCGAACAUGGAGAUACCGGUGUGGUCAAGUUCGAAAUCUGCUGCAAUG